AUGAAGCCGUCCCAUCCUCGGCUGACAUGUCGCGCCCAUAACCGCUUUUCACCGUCAAUUGCCCUGUGGCACCAUUUUGUCGGUCGCGAUCGACCUUUCCUCACCCAGCAGCGGCCGUCUUCGACUGUCGCCGAAACCUCACAGCACAGCACAAGCGACCAUGUCGGCGACACGGAAUCUCAGGCUACGGAUGGCAUCGUCCCGCCUGCGAACCGACGAGACUCAACGGUCCGCAAGACGUUUUCGAUAAGAAGACUUGAGACCGAGAAAGGCGCAUGGCACGCAAAUCCGAUCGAUGCAUCAGUCGCGCGAAACCGCGAAAAGAAACGAAUUCAAUCUGUCCUUCAAAAGCACCGCGCCGACUCUCCAACGGGAGCGCUGGCUACGGCCAAGGAAUCCUUCGGUGCGGACAAAGACUACAAAGGCAUCGUGGUGCAGCCUGUGGUGCACCCUACGCCUGUCAAAGAGAGUGAAUUUCCGUGGUCUCUGCCAUUAGAAGAGAGGGAGAUACCAGGCCUUGAUAGGCUGGCAAUCGAGAUCGAGAGAUUCUGCGCAUAUUCACAGCCAGGCCACUAUGAAACCAUUGCGCGAAGACAGGUCAUUGAGCAGGUGAAGAGCCAAACCCGAAGAAUCUUGCCAGACCAUGUCCUCGAAAUAUUUGGCUCCGAACGUACUGGGCUGACGCUUGCCACGUCCGACAUCGACUUGCGCCUGGUCAAGAAAGCGAAGAUGAAGGAUCCCGAGCAGUCAAAACUACUGCCUACAUCUCGAGAGCGUGAGGAGGCAACGAGGGAUCUGUACAUGCUGUAUGGAAAAAUAAGAACCAAGCACAAGUCGGCAUAUCUGCUCCUGACCAUUCGAAAUGCUCGCUAUCCACUCAUAUCCCUCCAAGAUCACAAGUCGGGCUUGGACGUCCAAGUCGUCCUCUCCAACGAUACCUCACUGUCGAGGGACCUCAUGAAGGGCUACAUGGAGCAAUAUCCGUACUUGCGCCAGCUACACCUUGUGGUCAAGACCAUGUUCGAUGUGCGGGGCUUGACCGACGUCUUUCGGGGUGGCUUUGGCUCCUACACGUUGUUCAUGAUGAUAGUAGCCAGUAUCCGACACAAACCCCACCCGCGCAACGACGCUGCAGGAGGCUUGAUCAACUUCAUGAAGUUCUACCGCGACUUGGACACGACCAAGGAAGGCCUCUCCAUCGAGCCCGUGUCGACGUUCAACAAAGUCGACAAACCCAUCAUGUCCGCCAAAGCCAAGGCGAAGCUCGAUGCCGGCAAAAUCAAACCUCUACCUGAAUACAUGCUCUGUCUCCGCGACCCCGCCGACCCCACCAACGAUCUCGGCCGCAAAGCUAUCGCCAUAAAACACGUCCAAAAGACACUCAAGGCCCUAUACUACACCCUCGACCGCGAUGUGCGAAUGAACACACGCAUAUCCCUCCUCAGCACCCUCAUCGGCCCGUCAUACAUGCUCUACAAGGAACGUCGCCACAAGCUCGCCGAGUACGGGAAACUGCUGUCCGACAAGAACAAGAAGCGCCUCGCUGUCCAGGCACGCGAGGUCAGAGAGAGCACCAAGUCAUUGGAGUCGUCACCGAGUGAGGGAAAAGAGGAGAAUGAGCUCGAUCACAUACAGCAGGUGGUUGGAGAGGGCGCCAAGCCAGUGGAGUCGUCUCACAGUGCGCCAAAAGAAGAGAACAAGCUCGAGAAUAUCCAGCAGGUCCAGGAGAAUAUCCAGCAAUAUGUUGAGAACAUACAGCAGGACUUGGAGAGUAUGCUGCAGGACAAGAAGCAGGAGCAAGAAUCGAAACGCCCGCUUCUCUAA